CAUCGAUGUUACUUUAUCGUGAAUUGUGAAUCGAUACACAAAAAAAUUAUAAAUUGUGAAUAUUUAAAACUAUUUGAAAAAAAAAAAUCCUUAAAAAAUUGUGAAUAAUUGAUUUUUAUCGGCUACAAAAAUUACGAUAAUAUCCUCAUCUCACCACUACACAACUAUUCCACUGGCGUGCGCGCUCUACGACCCCCACCACGAUGUCUCGGCAGGGUCACACGCUGCUGGGCCUUGGUGGGGGACUCAACCCCAUCACACACAUCCAGCCAGUGCUGCUAUGUAUGAGGACACCACUGGACAAAACACAACGACUCAUCAUCACCACAGUCCGCCAUUGUUAUCAUCACACAAUCCAAACACAUUGCUGUCAUCGCAACAGCAACAACACAGUGCAACAGCCCAACCACCUCAUACACCUCAACAAAAUUCGCAAACGAACGGUACACAUACAAACGGUACAGUGGCGUCUGCACAACCACAACAGAUUACGCCAUCGGCGACUAGUGACUCACCUGUAUCACCACCGACAGGUCCCCUUCACAUACCGGCGAUUCCUGCAGCAAAGAGGCCCGGUUAUGAAGACGGGUCACUAUUAAGGCAGCCAUGGGGCUACGAUCCGCCAUUCGACUACAAUUACACAACUGGCUAUCCAUACUCUAUAGAGCGAGAUCGAAAAGUAUUUUAUCCGUCUUAUCCAGAUCAAUAUGCUCAACAUUAUUGGAAUCGUGAACAACAAUUUCCUGUCGAAGAGAAGCCUAUUAUUACGCCAAGGCAAACAGAGACGACAUCGAGCGCCCAAAGUUCGUAUGAGAAUACUUACACAAACAGUUUAAGAUCAUAUACGAGUGACCCUGCUGGAUAUUCAACAACUGGUUCAACAAUCACAGGAUCAUCGGCAAUUGGAUCAGCCACACCAUCAAAUCCACUAGAAUGGCCAAAUCAAGUUGUAACCGUCCGUAAAAAACGUAAACCUUAUUCAAAGUUUCAGACUCUUGAGCUCGAGAAGGAGUUUCUUUUUAAUGCAUAUGUUUCGAAGCAGAAACGAUGGGAACUGGCAAGAAACUUGAAUCUUACAGAACGUCAAGUCAAAAUAUGGUUCCAAAAUAGGAGAAUGAAGAAUAAAAAAAACUCGCAAAGACAGCAGGCAAAUGUAAACAACGCAAAUUCAAACAGUCAUAAUCAUAAUCAUGCACCACCCCAAACGCAUCACAAUGCUCAUCACAUCGGUUUGGGUCUCGGUAUGCAUCAUCAUCCACCAAAGAUGCACCAUCAGUGACCUCCCCAGCACGUGACAUCGUCAACACCAUCUUCUUCGUCAACAACAACUGGACUUGCAUCAUCGAUUAUUCCACAGCAUCAACAACAGCAACAGCUACAAAAUCAUCAUUUACAUCAUCAUCAGUUGUCAUCAGCUUCAUACCAACAUUCUACAGAUAUCAUUAGCUACUAAAAGUUUUUCUUUGUGGAUAUGAAUCAAGUCAUAAAUUGUUGACUAAGAAGAAAAUUAAAAGAAAUCACUGAAAAAAAUUGAGAAAAUUGAAUGUUUGAAUAAAUCCUUGCAUUGUUUGAAUACAUUUGCGCUGCUGUCUACAUAAAUUAAAAAAAAAU